AUGUCUCGCCUUUUGAAGGCCGCUUGGAUUCAUGCUGCAAGUAAAGUUCCAGAGGAAACUACGAUCAAAGCAAUGGAGGAAUUUUAUAGGGAAAUCUAUGCAGUGAAUGGCAUCACUGAAAUUAAUUUUCCGGAACAUUAUCCUGUUUCAAGACCUUUAGAUAUGGUUUUGAGAUACCUUUGUUUCUUUGCCAUUGUUUCAAUCUUGGAAUUUAGACUAAAGAAAACCCUGAAUUUACAAAACAGAUGUGUUGAAGUGGUUGGCUGUGUAAGAUGUGAAGAACUAGCAAGCUGGGAGGCAGUACCUGAAGGGGCAAGGUUGGAAGGACAAACAGAUUUUUGCUGGAUUUGUGAACAGCCACAGACGUUGCUAUUUCCAUUUGAGAUGCGAGGCCAUCAAGGUGUUUAUAACUUGGAAAAGAAGAUAUAUGAAGCUGCUGUUAGAGGUCUCAUUCCAGUUAAAGGCCCAAUGCCUGUAAAAUUUCCCCUUCCAAAUCCUCAUGAUCCUUUUUCCUUAAAACCAGGGUCUAUUUCAGUGCUAUUCCCUGAGAAAGCUUCUGAAGUGGAGAAAUCAUCAAGUCUCACAGCAGCCAUUGCUGUUGCAUGUGCAGCAGCUACUCAAUUCAACAUGAAAGAUCAAGAUCUCCUAGCAAAUACUGUCCAGAUUAACAAUUUUAAGAAGUGACCAAGUGAACAGCAAACCUUUGGAAGAACAUAAAAAGCUUAUAUGAAGUCUCCUAUGUCAUACCUUCAGUGUCAAAUGAGGCAGAACAAAGCAAUCUCAUCAAGUGUGAGGAAAGCAGUUGCCAAAGUCGAAUGCGUACAGAUAUGAAACAGCUUCCUGGAGCUCCUGCUAAGUAUGGAGAAGUGGAUAUCACUGAUGAGAGUCAACUGUAACCAUUCUCAUGCAUAAAGAAAGGCUGCUCUGUAUGCACAAGGCUCUCUGCUGUGUAAGGGUCAGGAACUCCUAGUCUAUUAAGGAGCAACCUUAAAUGGAAAAUUGGAACUUGGUUGAGAACAAAGUAAAUGCUUUCUGAAAGAAACAGAAGACAGAAAAACAGACUUCGUUAAUUUUCAUAUGAUUGGUGAUUCAGUGUCCAUUAUUUGACAAGUCUCAUCUUUGGAUUUCUAGAUUUUUUUGCUGCUGCUGUUAGAGGGCUGAAGCCAUCCUGAAUUCACGUUGGUUGCUAUGGGAAUAAGUUUUGAACACUAACACAAGUGACAUGUAGUUCAUUUUUGUUGCAAAAAUUCAAGUCAGCCUCCCAUUAGUUGAAUAUUACUGACUAGCUUGUUACUUUUUGUUGUAUUUUAUUCUUAGCACCUGUACACUAAUUAUUAACAUAUUUGGAUUGAAACUAGCUCAUACUGUGCUCAUAGAAUUGUGGUAAGAGGCUGGAAAUUUUUUUUUAAAUAUUAUUAAAAAAGUAAUAUGAAAAAAGUUAA